UCCUACAUUCCUACCCCCAUAACCUCCCCCGUUAUAAAUAGGUCCCUUAGUUUCUCUCUCUUUCUCUCAUUCGCUUCUUUAUUUCUUCUCCACUUGCUCACCUCUUCUUGCUUUUCUCUAGCCUCCAAAUCCCUAGAUCGAACCUCUCUGAAACCUCUUCGUGUGUUCUGUGAUCCUGUUUAUUCGAUUGAUCGAUUUGCUUAAAGUUGUUGUUCUUCAGAUCGGGAGAGGUUUUCCAAUUUCCGCGCUUUCGGUGGGGUUUUUUUUUACCGGUUUUGGUAUGGUCGAAGUGAGGUUUUGCUGGGUGAUGGCAGCUUUUUCAUCACUUCCUGGGUGAAAAGAUGAUUGUUUUUGGGUGCAGAGCUUUGUUGUUGUCAAUGCAGUAUGGAUUAUGGAAUCUCAGGGUUUCUAGGUUUUCUGGAGCUGACUGAAGAGGUUUAUGACAAGUGGAGCUUGUAAGUGGUUGAAUUAACCCUAGGUUCGGCUACCAGCGGAGGGAUUUUGUGGUGGUGACGUGAAUGUGGUUUCGGAUUAGUGGAUUUGAACUACUGAUUGGAUAAUGCAGCUUCCAGAGUCAUGGAAUUAGUCUGAGCCUCUGUUGGUCAAAGGAGGAUUAGUCUUGUGAUAUACUGUAAUCUGUGUGUGUAAAGGUAGGGUUUUGGGUGGAUUCAUGCUGUAUUUGGUGAAUGGUGCUUUUUGGCUGUUGAAGUGAACAUAAAUCUGUUCAAAGUGGAGAAAUCGGGGGAUUUCCGUGGUGAAGAGUUGAGAUCGGAGGAGAAUCGAGGAGUUCUUCUAAUGUCGGGAGCUCCUAGAGUCAGGUCCAUGAACGUUGCGGAUUCGGAGGUUCGACCUGUCCUUGGUCCUGCUGGGAACAAGACUAGGUCAACAGUUACAAGGAAACCUGCUACUAAGCCUUUGCGCAAGGUGGAGAAAACACCAGAAGUCACAGUGGAGGAGAAGAGAAUUCCUUCGCCUCCUUUUGCUGCUUCACCUCCCAAGCUUCACUCUGUGAACGUUCCUUCGGUUUUGCGGAGGCAGGAGCUGUUAUUGCACUCCAAUCUGUCUCUCAAUGCGUCUUGUUCAUCUGAUGCUUCUUCUGAUUCAUUUGUCAGUCGAGCUUCUAGUGGAAGGAUAACUCGAACGCGUAGUACUGCAAGCCGGAGAAAGCAAUCUGCUUCAAGGCCUGAAUUUUUCUCUCACGAUAUUGUCUCUGUACCUUCACCAGAUAUUUUACAAGGGAAAAAGAGAUGUGCCUGGGUGACACCGAAUACUGAGCCAUGUUACAUUGCGUUCCAUGAUGAAGAAUGGGGACUUCCAGUCCACGAUGACAAGAAACUGUUUGAGUUGCUAGUCCUAUCAGGUGCUUUGGCUGAACUUACAUGGCCUGCCAUUCUCAGCAAAAGGCACAUAUUUAGGGAAGUCUUUUUGGAUUUUGAACCGUUAGCGGUGUCAAAAUUGAGCGAGAAGAAGAUCACAGCUCCAGGAAGCACAGCUAGCACCCUAUUGUCAGAGCUAAAGCUGCGAGCAAUCAUUGAUAAUGCGCGUCAAGUCUGUAAGAUCAUUGAUGAAUAUGGUUCAUUUGACAAGUACAUAUGGGGUUUUGUGAACCACAAGCCAAUAGUCAGCAACUUCCGAUAUCCCCGCCAGGUUCCAGUGAAGACUCCAAAAGCAGAUGUGAUAAGCAAAGACUUGGUGAGAAGGGGUUUCCGAAGCGUGGGGCAAACUGUGAUCUACUCAUUCAUGCAAAUUGCUGGAAUAACAAACGACCAUCUAGUAACUUGCUUCAGAUUCCAGGAAUGUAUAGCUGCAUCAGCAGUGACUGAACCGGAUGGUGGUGGUGGCAAAUUUGAAGCUGAAGAGAAGAAAGCAGAGGACAUGAUAGGCUCAGAAAUAACAAGGUCCAUGGAUGAGUUGAGUUUGUCCUCGGAAUAAUGAAGCUAUAUUUCCAUUUGGCAGGUGGAAUUUAUCAAGCUUCUUUCGUCCAUUUUCAUCCAUGUACGUAUGACCAUUACCAGGUAGUUGGCCGCUCUUUUAUGAGUUUGUGGUGGUGGUGGUGGAAGGUGGUGGGUUGUGUAUAAAGGAGAUAGUUAUGAAUUCUUAUGCAUCUUGUUUUGUAGAUUAUAUAAGGAGAAUUCUUUAUCCA